GCUAAAUCCCAUUCGCCAAGGGUUUUGCAUUCGGCACUGCUACUGUCAAAUUCUGAAAGGGAAGAAGAUCCAUCAACAUUUCUUCCUUAAUUUGAUUCGCUUUUAUAUGUGAUUUAUAUGGAUUUAUCUUCUCCGGAAAAAGUACGGAAGAGAGCCAUUGAGGCGGAAUUGGUGAGUGCUAAGAAGCAGAAGCUAGCGGAAAAUGUGACUGAGACCAUAGAAAUUCAAAAAAAAGUCGAUACCUACUCCCUGGCAGAUGAUUGUUGUUCCAAGCCCCAGCACUGUAUCGAGGGUAAAGUAUCUGGAGUGGAUGUGCACAUAGUUUCAGUGUUAGAAGAAAAAAUUAAUGUUUUGGACGAAGACACUGUCUCAGCUGAGGAGGGGCAUAUAGCUGCUGCCUUUGAGAUAGAUGAACCAAAUUAUGACGUUGACUCUUGCUUUCGGGGUGAAACCAGUUUGUGUGAGGAUGUCCCUGCAGCUAUAUCGUUAAGUAAGAAUGACACCACAGAUCUCCAAAAGAAUAAGGAAGAAUCAAGUAAGGAUUUUGUCAUUUCCUACGAAAAUGCAGCCUUUCUGAAUGGGGAUGUUACCACAGGCAACUUAUCUUCUCCACCACCGAGUACAAUGGACUCACUGGUUUCUGUCGAGGAGAAAGAUAAUUCGAAGAUUUAUGAAUUUGACUCUGCUCAUGAGACUAACAAUGAUGAUAAUGUUGAUACAGCUCAGGAUGAAGAUAUGACUAAUCAGGAACUGGAAUUAGAUGAUGAAACCAGUAGCUCAGACGAUGAUCUCCAGACCCCUACCACUCCCACAGAGCAGACAAGUGGCAGAAAAACUUUGUAUGUUGGGAAUCUAUCCUUCUCCGUUGAGCAAGAGGACCUCGAGAAUUUCUUCAAAGCUGCUGGAGAAGUUGUUCAUAUUCGCUUUGCCAUGAACUCCGAUGAAACAUUUAAAGGCUAUGGUUAUGUUGAAUUUGCUUCUGCAGAAGCAGCAGAAAAGGCUCUUCACGAGUUGAAUGGGAAAGAGUUGCUGCGACGUCGUGUAAGACUUGAUUUUUUGAAGGAAAGAGGAUCGGUUACCCGAUACAAUGGUUGUCAAGGAACAGAGUCUUUUCAGAAGGGAGGAAAUGCUCAGGGGCGAACAGUAUUUGUCCGUGGAUUUAGUAAAUCUAAAUGUCAACAUGAGAUCAUGAAAUCUCUGGAAGAGCAUUUCAGUUCUUGUGGUGAGGUUUCAAAAGUUUCUGUUCCAAAAGAUCAAGAUGGUUGUGCUAGAGGCAUUGCAUAUAUAGAGUUCAAGGAAAGGGAUGCUUUUAUCAGAGCAUUAGCAUUGCAUGGAUCUGAAUUUAGAGAGGGCAUCAUGUCUGUGAUAGAGGCAAGGCCUAGAGGCGAUAGUCAAAAUAGCGUUGGCAGUAGCAGAUGCUGUGAGAGUGAGAGGAUUGGUGGGAGGCAUGGUUGGAACAACUUUGGCGGAAGAAGUGGUUUACAGGACUUCAGAGGAAGAAGUGGCAUUCGUGAGACUGGUGCUUGGUCUGGAGCUGGUUUUGGGGGGCAGUUGAAUGGAAGAGGUGCUUCAAGCCACUCCAGUGGAAGAAGUGUUUGGGGGCACUCCAAUGGAAGAUAUACUACUCGCGGCUCCAACGUAAGAGGUCCUUCAUGUGAGUCCAGUGGAAGGGGUGUUUGGGGAGAUUCCAAUGGAAGAGGUACUUGGGGGAACUCCCGAGUCUUCAAUGGCAGAGGUGCUUCGUCCGACACCAGUGGAAGAAGACGUGAUUGGGGGGUCUCAAAUGGAAGAGGUUGGGGGAACUCCAAUGGAAGAGGUGGUUGUGGGAAUUCCAGUGGAGGAGGUUCUUGGGCAGACUCCAGUGGUAGAGGUGUUUGGGGCAACUCCAGUGCCAUGGGUGCUUCACACAACUCCAGUGGAAGAGGUGCUUGGCGAGACUCCAGUGAUAGAGGUGUUUGGAGCAACUCCAGUGGAGGAGGUGCUUGGGGAAACUCCAGUGAUAGAGGUGUUUUGGGAAAUUCCAAUGCCACAGGUGCUUCACGCAGCUCCAGUGAAAGAGGUGUUUGGGGAGACUCUAGUGCAAGAGGAGCAUUGCGCGGCUCCAGUGGAAGAGGUUUGUGGUGGGGAGGCUCCAGUGAAAGAGGUGCUUCGCGCGGCUCCAGUGGAAGAGGUUUGUGGGGCGACUCCAGUGACAGAGGUGCUUCGCACGGCUCCAGUGGAAGAGGUUUGUGGGGCGACUCCAGUGAAAGAGGUCCUUCGCGCGGCUCCAGGGGAAGAGGUUUGUGGGGUGGCUCCAGUGAAGGAGGUGCUUCGCGCGGCUCCUGUGGAAGAGGUUUGUGGGGCAGCUCGAAUGAAAGAGGUGCUUCUCGUGGCUACAGUGGAAGAGGUGUUUGGGGUAAUUCCAGUGAAAGAGGUGGUUGGAGCAACUCCAGAGGAAGAGGUGAUUGGGGGGCCUCUAGUGGAAGAAGUGGUGGUUGGAGCAACUCCAGGGGAAGAGGUGUUUGGCCGGAAUCGAAUGGAAGAGGUAUUCUGGGCAGCUUUACUGAAAGUAAUGAAGUUGGUGGAAGUGGUGUUUGCAUUGGAGGUGGUGGCGGGGGACAAGGGACUCCAACCGAUCCAAGUAUUGCUUCACCUGAAGCUGCUAUAGGAAAUAAUACGUCACUCAAUAAUGAAGGCGAGGUCGGGGAUAAGAUGAUAAACUAGAAUUCAUGUAUAUCAGGUAGGUGUGGUCUUACUAUUGGCUUAGAUUUAUACCACGAAUCAUCCAACAUAUGUUUUGUACCAACAAUGUGGUCUUUUGAAAAUAUGGCAAACCGAUCAUACAUAAUCAAACUAUAACUUGUUCUCCA